AUGGAUACCAUCGACGCCGCCACGGAGCGGCAGACGACCGGCCCCGACGCCGUCGACGAUGUCGACGCCGGCAAGACCCCUGCCGAGGCCUCCACUUCCCCGCCGAAGCCCAGCAUGCCUAAGUCGGACCCUAAGACCACCGAUCGCACCGAGACUUCCAAAAAGGGCGAUGCGAAGAAACUUAAGACUGAUAAGACCAAGUCUAAGAAGCCCAAGAAGUCCGUCUUGGCCGAUACGUCCACAUCUGCUAGCGACGAUAGCGACGAUUCCAAGUCAGCCACCAAGGACACCGACUCGUCUGAUUCCGAUGGCUCGAACGACUCCGCCUCUGAGCCCGACACCAAGCGCAAGGCCAAAUCGAAGAAGCAGGUGGCCAAGAAAUCCAAGAAGGCGCUCUCCCAACCUAAGAAGACCAAAAAGUCAAAGAAGGUCUCUGGCGAUUCGUCUGACUCGGACUCCAGCGACUCCUCCGAAUCAUCCGAGGACGACGACGAUGGAUUGACCAAGGUCGCCAUGUCUCCACAGCAGUUGCAGGCUUUCCAGCAGUGGUCGCGCACUAACGACACGCUGCCCUACAGCCUUGGUCUCUCAACUGGUGAUACACACGCCUACCUGCCUCCUCCGCCUCGGCGCCGCAUCGGGGGCGUCGGAAGCGUCCCACGUCGCAUGGGUGGCUUUCUGGACGCCGACCCCUUUGAUGCCAGUCUGGGCGUCAAGAGAGCUCCCGCAUCCUCAAAGAAGCGGAACGGCAAGGUCAAGCUCGACUACAAGCGGGUUGACCAGGUCUGGGAUAGCUCCAUCCAUAACUACAAGCUGCAGGAAACCGCCGAGACCACCACUGACUCCCAGUACGACGGCUUCGUCCUUCAGAUCAGACGUACCUUUGACUGGGAGGGCAAGUACAAGACCACCAUUGUGGACAUCAAGAGCAAGAUUCUUCGUGAGUGCCUUCAGGACGUCAUCGGCAAUAUUAAGGGAGUCAGCUUGGUCGACGAGGUGCCCAGAAUGGACCCCAAUCUUCUUUUCCUGUAUCUUGAGGAUCUUCGUGCCUACAGCAAAAAGCUCAAAAAGCAGGAGCCCAAAAGCUCCGAGAAGAAGGCGCGUAAGAAGCAACAGAAGCACAUCGACGACAAGCGGAUGCAUUUGAAGGUCCUGCUGAAGUACCUCGACAAGGACUACGCUCACAUCAAGAAGAGUCUCUACCCCAUGCUCGAGAAUGGCCUCAUCACCUUCGAUCUCCUCUGGGCACUUUUCAAGCCCAACACCCUCGUCUACACAACCACGUAUGGCACAGCAGACGAGCCUCGUAUCUUUAAGGUUGAACAAACGGAGCGCCACAACACCAUGAUGAAGGGAGACUUCUACUGGGUCGACGGCAAGUAUUUCGAGUUCGACGGCAAACAGUUCGGCUAUGGAUCUUUCUCCGAGGAGAUUAGCGAGUUCCGCGGAGCCAAGAAGAUUACCAGCCUCAAGGCUUACCCUCUUGACUACCACAAGGACAAAGAGACUGUCGUGGCCACCCUCAUUGAGCGCGGCAAGAAGUUCGUCAAGCUUGGCGGUGUUCACUACCAAAGUCACGAGGGUCUCGCGUAUUAUAGGAAGAAGAAGAGCAUCAUCAAAGUCAACAUCAACAGCCGCGUCAUGAUUGACCCCGCUAUCCAUCGCCGAAUCAAUCCCAACUAUCAGGUCUCUGCCGUGCGGCCUAAGGAUCACGACAUCCUGUCGGAUGAUGAAGCGGAGGACGAUGACUCACAGAAGGAUUCGGAUGAGGCUGGCUGCUGCGACAGUGACAGCGAAGCUUGUGAGAAGAUGGUAGUCAAGGUCGUCAAGGACGACAAGGGUAAUGCCUGCAUGGUUCGCAUUCCUAAGUCGGAAGUGGAAGAUGAGAAUGCCUCUGAGCAGCCUUUGGUGCGUCUGGAGGAUGGAGGUGGCAAGAAUGAGGGAGACAACAAGACCUCUCCCACAUCCCCCAGGAGUACUGAAGAUGCCCAGGAGGUUCCUGAGUUCUCAGACGAAGAGUACCUCAUUGCAUCCCCGGUGGUGCUGGGAUUUUCCUUCUCGGAGAAGCUCUGGCUUGAGUUCACUGUGUCCGGCAUCAAGGAUAUCCAGUGGAAUGAGAGCGCAUACGAGUCCCUUGUGCUCGAGCCGAAGCAAAAAGACAUUGUCCAGGCCCUCGUUGAAUCUCACAAGUACCACGCCUCCAAGAGCAUUGACGAUGUCAUUCAGGGCAAAGGAAAAGGCCUUGUGGCUGUCCUCCACGGCCCCCCAGGCACUGGAAAGACCCUCACAGCAGAGGGCAUCAGCGAGCUCCUCAAAUGCCCGCUUUACAUGGUAUCUGCAGGAGAGCUCGGCACCGAUUCGCGCAUUCUGGAGCAAGAGCUCCAAAAGAUACUAGAUAUUUGCCACGCCUGGGGAGCUAUCCUUCUUCUUGACGAAGCUGAUGUUUUCCUUGAGAAGAGAAACUUGCAUGAGAUUAGCAGAAAUGCGCUUGUCAGCAUCUUCCUCCGCCAACUCGAGUACUUCCAAGGCAUUUUGUUCUUGACAACGAACCGCGUGGAGACCUUCGACGACGCUUUCCAGUCCCGAAUCCACAUUGCUCUUCGGUACGAGAGCCUCACUGUCAAGGCCAAGAAGAAGAUUUUCAAGAUCUUCAUCGAGAGAGUUCGCGUCAUGGAGAAGAUCGACCUGAUGCCCUUCACCGAGGAGGAUUACAACGACCUCGCUAAGCAUGACCUCAAUGGCAGGCAGAUCAAGAACACGAUCGGAACGGCGCAGGCUUUGGCCGUUAACAGAGGUGAAGCUCUGAGCAUGGCCCACAUCCGUCAGGUGCUUGAUGUCCAGAACAGCUUCGAUAUUCACCUCAAGGGCGGUACUGGCUACCAAGACGCCCUGCGCAGCUACUACUGA